UAAAUCUUCCAUUCUACUUUUAAACAGUUCAAAAAAAAUAAAUUCCUCCACCAAAAAAAUUAAAUAAAUCUAUCUUCAGAAAAUCAACAAGAAAAAAAAAAUAUCUUCUGGAGUCUGCAUUUUUUUCUGAAAAAAUGCAGAGGAGAAAAAUGGGGUUGUUAAUGAGGAAUUUUCUAGUUUUAUGUUGUUGGAUGAUCUUAUCUGUAAAUGCAGAAGAGUACAUUACAUACAAAGAUCCAAACAAACCCUUAAACAGAAGAAUCAAAGAUUUGAUGAGAAGAAUGACUUUGGAGGAAAAAAUUGGACAAAUGAUACAAAUUGAUCGUACUGCUGCAACUCCAGAGGUUAUGAAGAAGUACUACCUAGGGAGUGUGUUGAGUGGUGGAGGAAGUGUGCCUAAAAAAGAAGCAUCAGCAGAAGAUUGGAUUGAUAUGAUAAAUGGUUUUCAAAAAGGUUCAUUAUCAACUAGACUUGGGAUACCUAUGAUUUAUGGAAUUGAUGCUGUUCAUGGCAACAACAAUGCCUAUAAAGCUACAAUAUUCCCUCACAAUGUUGCUCUUGGAGUAACCAGGGAUCCUCAACUGAUCAAGAAGAUUGGAGCUGCAACAGCACUAGAAGCUAGAGCAACUGGAAUCCCUUAUGUUUUUGCACCUUGUCUUGCAGUCUGCAGAGAUCCAAGAUGGGGCAGAUGUUAUGAGAGUUAUAGUGAAGAUCCAAAAAUUGUUAGGUCAAUGAGUGAAAUGGUACCUGGAUUACAAGGAGAUGUUCCUUCUAAUGGUAGAUUAGGAGUCCCUUUUGUUGCUAACAAGCAAAAGGUAGCUGCUUGUGCUAAGCAUUAUGUGGGAGAUGGUGGGACAGUAAAAGGAAUCAAUGAAAACAAUACAAUUAUUGAUAGACAUGGUUUGCUUAGUAUACAUAUGGCAGGUUACUAUAAUUCAAUCAUCAAAGGUGUUUCUACUGUUAUGGUUUCCUAUUCAAGUUGGAAUGGGCUCAGAAUGCAUGGAAAUAAAGAAUUGGUUACUGGUUUUCUUAAAGGCACACUUAGAUUCAGAGGGUUUGUUAUUUCAGAUUGGGCAGGAAUUGACAAACUUACUUAUCCUUGGCAUACAAAUUAUACAUAUUCCAUUCUUGAAGGUGUCAAUGCUGGCAUUGACAUGGUUAUGCUGCCUUAUAACUGUACAGAAUUCAUUGAUGGUUUAACAUAUUUAGUGAACAACAACUUUGUUCAAAUGACUCGAAUCGACGAUGCAGUCAAGAGAAUUCUCAGGGUGAAGUUCCAAAUGGGACUUUUUGAGAACCCUCUUGCUGAUUAUAGUUUGACAAAAUAUCUUGGAAGCCCGGAGCAUAGAGAAUUGGCAAGAGAAGCAGUGAGAAGGUCACUUGUUUUGUUAAAAAAUGGUGCAAAUGCAGAUGAACCAGUUUUGCCACUUCCUAAGAAGGCAACAAAUAUAUUAGUUGCAGGAGCCCAUGCUAGCAAUAUGGGCUAUCAAUGUGGUGGAUGGACCAUUACAUGGCAAGGACUUAGUGGAAACACAACAAUUGGUACAACAAUCCUCUCAGCCAUAGAAAACACAGUUGAUCCAGAAACAAAGGUUGUGUAUAAGGAAAAUCCAGAUAGCGAAUUCGUCAAGUCCAACAACUUCUCCUAUGCCAUCGUGGUGGUGGGAGAGACUCCAUACGCGGAAGGUUCUGGUGACAGCCUAAACUUAACAAUCCCCGCGCCCGGUCCAGACAUCAUGACCACGGUUUGUGCCUCGGUGAAAUGUGUCGUGGUGCUUGUCACUGGUCGUCCGGUCGUGAUCCAGCCCUACCUAGCUCAAAUGGAUGCACUUGUAGCAGCUUGGCUACCAGGAACAGAAGGACAAGGUGUAGCUGAUGUCCUGUUUGGUGAUUAUGGUUUUACUGGAAAACUAGCAAGGACUUGGUUCAAGACUGUUGAUCAACUCCCUAUGAAUGUUGGUGAUUCACAUUAUGAUCCUUUGUUCCCUUUUGGAUUUGGACUUACCACACAACCUGUCAAGGCCUAAAAGAACUGUUUUUCCACACACACACACACAACAAGAGGUCCAAAACAUACAACAACUAUAUGUUACCAAUUUAUGAUUUGAGUUUAGUGCAAAGAUUAAACAUGUAACAGAGGCAAUGUUGUUAGAAACUUUGACAAGUGGAAUAAUUGAAAUGGUUUGUUA